UUUCCUCGUUUGGCGGAGCCACUGUCGUCUUCCUGUGAUUUUCAUAGAUAUAUUCUUUGAGUUCGUUGUUGCCCCAUUGUUGUUCUUGCGUUCUAUUUUGUUUCAUUGUGUUUCAUAAGUUGUUGUUACCUGACCGUUAUGUGAGACAAUUUUAUUUGCAUCAUUCCAAAAUUAAAGGAGUUGAUUGUAAUAUGUGCUAAACUUGUUUAAACACAUCGUGAUAUACUGCUCUCGCUUUGUGUCGUGUCUUGUUUUCGCAGAGGUGAGCUAAACUGACUGUGACUAACCAUGUUCUUGCUAAUGUGUAUAAUUGUGACUUAUGAGUAACGUCAAAAUGAUAUGCGGUUACGAUAGUUAUUGCCUUAGAUAUGCUAGGAAUUCUGACAUUGCUCAGAUGACCUGUUCUGAACUUGGAUUUAAAAGCUGAUAGUUGAGGCUAUAUGCCGUGGUUGAAGCAGAUAAAAUUAUUUUUUUGGGAUUGGUGAUAAGAAGAUUAAUAUUUUCUAUAUCAAGAUUUUAUAAGAUUGUCAGUCUAUAUGAUAUAGAAAGAAGAAAUGUGUUGUGUUGCCAUUGAAAUGGGAUAUACAUACUCGUAUUUGCAAAUAGUCUGAUUCAAGGAAACAAACUUACAUUAUUGACUUACAUGUGCUAUGAGCACAUCAUGUUAUGUGUGACACUUUGUAUUUGGAGAACUUACUACAGGAUACGAAAUGUCCGAGAGUGGGCGUUCAACAAGUCAGUUGCUUGCAUCUCUUCAGGCUCGCAAGGAUACUCUUGAGGCUAAGCUUCAUGAUAAAACUCAAGAAUUGAAAACAUUAUGCAUAAAAGAAGCAGAAUUAACUGGAUUCCUUCCUCCAGAAAUUCCACUGGAACCAGGAGAGUCUCCUCCACAAUUCAGGAGGAGAGUAGGCACUGCAUUUACGUAUCCUGAAAAUUUAAUUAACAAUAAUAAUGUAAAAACUAAAGAGGAAGAAACAUUGGCAGCUUUGGAACUAGAGUACAAAAUUCAAAAGGAUAUUGCAGAUGCUGCCCUUGGUAUGGCCAAUGAUUCAUCUCUUAGUAAAGCAGUUCGGCGGAAACAUAGACAAGUGUAUCAAAAAAUCCAACGACGGUUAGCUGAUUUAGAAACAAAAUUACAUCAUGUACAACAAAGCUUGGGUCGUUCUGUGAAGCCUCAGCAGUUCAAGCAGAGAAAAAAGCCUCGUCCUCCACUUGAUAAUGAUGCUGAUAAUCAAGAACAGGAUCCCAUUUUACAUGAUGAAGGAAUAAGUUUAUCUCCUAUUGGACCCCUUCAUCAAGAAUUAGAAACGGACAAUGUGAAUCAUCGCUAUCAUGACAUUGGUCGCAGCAGACAUUUACAUCAUGAUGGAAAUGUUCAAGUAUUGCAAACUGGAAUGUGGCAUUCUUCAUCAUUUAAUGGUUUAUCUGCUCCAGUCAAUCAGGACAACAAAGCAUAUCUUAGACAUGCAGCUGCAGCCGCAUAUCACCAUCACCAUCAUCAUCGUCAGUAUCCUAAUCAGCAUUACUCUACCCUACCCACCACGGCUGAAUUGGGAUAUAUGGUUCAAAGGGAACGGUUGGAUCCAGGUUGCUCUUUACCUGGGUAUUGGCUCAGAUUUGGGAGCCUUGAUCGUGGUUAUACCAGAACUUCACAUAGCAGUAGCAGUCCAUGUUUAGAAGCAUAUGGUGUUGAUGAUAUUAGUAUGCAAGUACAAAAAAUGCCACCUCUUGGUUCCAAUACUGCUUAUUAUUCUGCUGCGCCUCCCCAUGCCAGUGUUGAUCCUGGAAUUGAUGUCAGGCGACAGUAUGUUGCACCACAUUCCCGCACCUCUGCAAGUACUAGUUCUAGUACAGAAAAUAGGCCACUUGGUGGUGGGGCAUUAUUGCCCAGUCAGACUUAUCCAGAGCAUAGUCUUGGUGUUAACAAUCAAGGCUUAACUCGGACACAAUCUUUAGGUAGUGUAGAAACAUCAGCGUCAGUUAUGCAAUCUCAUGUAUCUAUUAAUGGUGAUACUCGGAGUGUGAAGGACCAGCAGAGAUUUGCUCCACCUAGUGAUACUUUGAUUCGAAAACAAAAAGAAAAGGAAUGGUAUGAAACCUCUCUUGAUUCAACUCCAUGCUCACAUUUACCUGCCCCAGUGCAGCGCUCAUGCCCUCCAUCGCGACGUCCUAGUGGUCACUCACUCAGCGAGAUGAAAAUUAUGUCAGCUGUUCAAGAUGUAUCUGCUCAUAACCCAAAAAAUGAUGUCCCUGUUGCUGACUCAGUGCCAAAUGAUCAUAUCAGUGAUGUGUCUAGUGAUCUAUCAAGAAGUAGUAGUAAUGUAUCAAAUGACCAUCAUGCCAAUUAUCAUACUCUCCAAGCCAAAUGUCAAGAGAUGGUUUCACCAGAAAAUUUUGACACAGUAGUGCCAUUUGAAUCCCCCAAAAACCACAUGGUGGUACAAGCUGGGAAAUGGCAACCAUAUCGUGAAGUUACAAAACCAUUUGAAAUGGCAGACUUCUAUAAGUACAGUACUAAAUUUCGGAAACACAUGGCUAAUUCUCAGACUGGCCCUUGGUCUGGUCAGCCUCCUGUUCAUGCACCUCAUCCUCAUUCAGGCACUGUCCAUUCUUCUCCUCAUCAUAGUGUGAAUGAUGUGUAUCAUCCUCCUGUUCAAAACAAUACUGUAUAUUCACAAGCAAGAACUAGCCCAAGUAGCAAUUCUCCUACGCCCCAGCAAAAAGGGAUCUACCAACCCUUGCAGCCAAUGACCUGCCAACCUCUGGAUCCAGCCAGCACUGCAGGGUCUAGCAGGAGUCGGGUGGUUGGUUCAGAGCCCAGUGCAGAUGGGAAACGUGCUGGAAAUGGAAAAUCAUUGGCUGAUGCAUUCUCGACAGAAAUGUUGGAAUGGUAUCAAGAUCAGAGUGUUCCUCGGUCUGCCACAUUAGUAUGAUGAUUUAUUUCCUUAAAUGCUUAAAAAAGGGGCACAUAGUGUCGUAGUGUCUUGGUGUGGAAUCAUCACUCUGCAGACUAAUUGCCACUGCAUAUUUUCAGUGAAUGUAUUAAUCUUUAAAAUAUUACAUUCAAAGCUUCAUUCCCAUCCAGAAAUUAAAACAAACCAGUUUAUUUAAAACUUUUUUGUUUUCAAUAUAAUUCUAAUUCAAUCUUUUUUCAUAUAAUUCUAAAUUUAAACUGAGUAAUUGUAAAAUUCUACAAUUAAACAAUUUCUACAGUUUCUGUGUCCCUUAUUAAGUGCACACACAAAAUAUCCAUUACUGUCGAUGCGUGGUAUCUUACUACAAUCUAGUUUUGAAUUCUGCAUUCUUUUUAUUGUAGAAUUUUAUUAUUACUUUGCUUUAAAUAUAGAAACAUAAGUAUGAAAAGAAAACUCUUAUUGCCUGACUUAAUCUAAUCAUUCAGCUGAAGAUAAAUAUCAAAAGUAAAAUAGUGUUUUAUAAAACAUUUCAUGUUCUGCAAAAUCAUUUUCAAAUACUUAUUAGUAUCAGUUUGUGAUUGAAUUGUAUUGAAUUUGUGUGAUAUUUUUAAAAGCAAUAUUUGCCACUAAAGAAUUGCAAAUUCACAAAGUGCAGAAAUAGUGAAUCACUUACAAGUUAAUUUUUGUCUUGAUCCAUUUGUAGUUUAAAUAGUAUUCUUAGCAUCCUCAAAUUACAUUUAAACUCACUUGUGAUGGGUUUAGGUUAGUUUUAAGAAUCAUAAUGUACCUUAUUCAGCUUUCAUAUCAUAGUACCAAGUACUGCAUUAGUUGAGAUGAUUUAAAUGUGUAUUUUUGUAGAUGUAAACUGUAAGCUUUACAUUUUAAAUUACCUUUUUUGAGGAGCAUUUAGGAUUGCCAAGAACUGAAAGCACUGUUAAUAAUAAUCAGAAUUAAUAAGACAUUUGUGUGGCAGAAAAUCUUCCAUGUUUGAUUUGUUGGAAUAUCAUUUCUUACACUAUAUUCUAAGUAAUCUGGGCUCUCCCAGAUUGCUGACUGAGACUUCUGCUGAAUUUUCACAGCAAUAGUGAUUUCUGUGGCCCUUGUAUAGUGUUUGAGCAAAAUAUCCAUAACUCUUGAUACAGGAUAUCGUAUUACUCUCUGGUUCUGAAUUCUGCUACCCUGACAAGAUGGCCUGUCUUUUCACUGAGGGUGAAGGAAGAGCAAUGGGUUGUUAGGCCCUACAAGUUUAACAAAUGCUAUUAAUGGAAUAAGAAUAAAAAAUGUCCCUGAUUGUUUUGAACCAACUGUAAUAGAAAUAUUGAUUAUUCGUUUGUUUAGGUAUAGAUCAUCAUUAACGUAUUUAAUAAUAUAACAAACACAUUAAGGUCCAGUCUUUUUAUUGACAAUCACCUUUUAAUUACCUUAUUCAACUACACAUUGUUACGUUUCAGAGAGAAAUAUUAUCUCCAUAUUCAGACAACAGAAAAUUGCACAUUCAUACAUUAUGUUAUUUCAUUUGAUUUAUUACAUAAGUAUUAUCAUCACUGGUAUACAUACAUAUUCAUUACAUUCAUAGUAACACUUGUGAUCUCCCACGUGUUGUCCAUUCUGUUAUUCAAAACAACAUUUCUAGUUGAAUGUCAGCAAUCUACAUAGUCUAUAAAUCUAAAAUAAAAUGACAUAAAUUUACAUCCGAAUAAAACAAUUCAACAGCGCUAAAUUAUUUACAUUAUCAUCUUUAUCUUUCUACCUUUGAGUAGUGUGUAAGUAAUGUAAAUAAAAUAAGUUUGGGACCAAGAAAAACUAAGAUUUUCAUUCCCCUCUGUUGACCCCCAUUUUAUUAAAAAACGUUUUCAUACAUUUCAUUUUUCUCUACUUAUGUUAAAUUUUUUUAACAUCAGUUAUGGGUGGGAAUGUCUCUUUAAAUGCUCAUUAAUGAAAGAAAAAAUAAUUUAAGAUAAUUUUGGGAAAUUUGAAUUUUUUAAACCUCAAAAAUGACCCAAAAAAUCACAAAAUAUUUUUCAUUUCAAAACUUAUCAAAGGUGCUACUACAGAAAAAAUAGUUUUUAUGUAUUUUUAUGCAAACAAUCAAAAUAAUGUUUUCAAAAUUUUUUGAGAAGUGGAAAAUACUUGAUAAACUUUAAAAUCUGUUGUUUUUUUCUCGCAAUUUUGGGCCCCAUAUUCCUUUUACUUUGCAAAAUAUCAGAGGUGCUACAAUAGAAAAAUAUAUUUUAUGA